AUAUUUAAAUUGGAAUGGCAUCCAAACACUCACAUGUGGUAAUAUGGCGGUUUACAUAAAACCUCCAAAAGGCCACAUAAAUUUAGUUAAAUUAUGUGCUUUUAUUAAGACAAGAUUGCUUUUUUUGUAUUUUAUUAGAGGUAAAUCAGCAGUUGAAAUAAAGCAGGGCAUUGAACAAGAAAAUGUUUUGAAUGCUUUUGACUGUCUUAUUGAGGGAUCAAUGAAGGACAGAAUAUCUCACUUUGUUUUAAGAUUCCUUUGUUCUGCUGAUUUUGAAAUGAAGGAAUUUUUUAUUCAAAGUGAAACAGAACUAUUUAAAUAUCGCUUGGAAUUUUAUUCUAAAGAUGAUCUUAAAAGAGUGAUGUUCAACACAUGCAGGCAAUGUGAGGAAGUAAUUCAGCAUACUGGCAUCAUCAAGUCAUACAGGAAAGUGUUAAAGACAUUUAUUCAUUUAGCGAAAGACUUUGAAAUAGCAAUUCAAAACAAGGACAAUUUUUUAAAAGUACCCUUCAUAUAUGUUUUGAAAUUUGUCAAGAGACGUCUACAUCCUUUAACUUCAGGAUUUGUGUCUGUGCCUCUUACUGAACUCAAACAUUUACUUAUCUCAUUUUUUGAAGAAUUUGUAUCGCAAGGAAUAUUUCAAACAAAAUCAUCUCCAUGUAUUCACCAGAUCAAUGAUCCUCGUUUCUCUUACAUGGUAAAUGAAAUUAAGGCCUGGUUUAAGUCUAAUAUCAGUUUCUCCAUUUCUACUUCUGGUAUUGGUAAUGCCAGAAUUAUAAGAGAGGAAAAUUUAAACGCUGAGAGUUCGAAAUUCCCCCAAUGCAUGAAGAACAUUCAUUUCUUGCUUCGCAAAACUCACAGACUACAACACCAUGCAAGAAUUCAGUACAUUCUUUUUUUAAAAGAAAUUGGUGUUCCAUAUGAGGAAGUCCUUAACCUAUUUAUGAAGGAAUAUUCUUUUCCUAUGAAUUUUACAAGUACUUGCAUCCAUUCUUGGAGUGAUAGUAGAAAUCGUUAUAUUUAUAGCAUUCAACAUUUGUUUGGAAGGAGAGGUUCUAGAAAAAACUAUCGAGCACAUAGCUGUUAUUCAUUACAAUGUUGUAAUUCACGAUCUGUGUUUGAAGGAGGCUGUCCAUUUGCUUGUUUUGAUAGUGACAACAUUUCUAAAAGCCUACUUUCAGAGAAUUUGCAAGUGAAUGAUAUUGAAGAUAUCAAGCUCUUAUCUGAUAGCAAAAAAUACACAGAAGCAUGUGGCUAUUUCCUUAACAAAAAGUUACAUAUUUUGAAGCAAUCAAUGGUCAGUCAAAGAAAAGAUUCAAGUUCAAGGUUUGAAAAUACUGAAAUUAAAAUCAAUAAUAAUCAAAAUUUGAGUAAUGAAAUUUUGAUGCAGAAGAAAAAGAAUGACUCCACUUUUGAUAAUUUAUCAUCACAUAUAUCUAAACCAUCAGAAUUUUAUUUCAUUCUUUCAAAUUUCAUGAACUAAACAUACAGUGAUAUGCUUUUUAAAAAACUGGUUUAUAUGUAAAUACAGUAUUUGGAUAAAGAAAACAUCUUCAAGGAAUUUUCAUAUUCUGUUAAAAAAAAAAAAAAUUAAGUGUUGAUAGAAAAAUCUAGGCAAUAUUUUUUCACAUUUGCUUUAUUGAAUUCUAUAGAAUUUUAUAUUUUUAUUUGCUAAAAUUAGCUCAUUAAAACCUAUACUAAAAAAUUGGAAAAUAUGCAUUAGUUUGAUUUGUUUAUAUUAUGCUCCUGCUUUUAUCUGUUUCUUUUUAUUUAUAGUGAUAUGAAAAAUUUGACAACAUGAAUAUUUUAAUAAGUUCCUAACAUUAAAAACACAACAUUUUAUUGCAUGUUUGAACACUUUGAAAUAUCCUUGUUACUUUUUAAUUAUGUAAUUUAACUUUAAUAA